AUGAAAAAGGCUACCAACAAUUACGAUGAAACUUUAAUUAUUGGCAGAGGAGGGUUUGGUACAGUUUAUAAGGGACUUUUGCCAGAUACUAGGAUUGUGAUCAUCAAGAAGUCCAAAACAGUCGAUGAAAGCCAAAUUGAGCAAUUCAUUAAUGAGGUUGUUGUACUUUCCCAAAUUAACCAUAGAAAUGUAGUUAAACUAUUAGGUUGUUGUUUGGAGACACAAGUUCCUUUACUAGUCUACGAAUUCAUACCCAAUGGUACUCUUUUUGAGUACAUUCAUCACAAAAACAAGGCAUCCACCGUAUCAUGGGAAAUUCAUCUUAGGAUAGCUGCAGAAACUGCAGAAGCAUUAUCAUAUUUGCACUCUGCAGCUUCCCCACCUAUAAUCCAUAGAGAUGUUAAGUCUUCAAACAUAUUGUUGGAUAGUACUCAUACAGCAAAGGUAUCAGAUUUUGGAGCUUCAAGAUUAGUUCCAUUAGACCAAACACAAUUAGCUACAAUGGUGCAGGGAACUUUGGGAUACUUGGAUCCUGAAUACAUGCAAACAAGUCAAUUGACAGAGAAAAGUGAUGUUUAUAGCUUUGGAUUGGUUCUCAUAGAGUUAUUAACGGGAGAAAAGGCUAUUUCAUUUGAUAAGCCAGAGGAGGAAAGAAGUCUAGCUAUAUGUUUUCUAUCUUUUUUGAAGGAUAAUAGAUUGUUUGAAAUUCUUGAAAAACAUAUAGCCAAAGAAGGAAAGGCUGAGCAAUUAAUGGAAGUGGCAAAUCUUGCAAAGAGGUGCUUACGAUUAAAAGGGGAAGAUCGGCCUACUAUGAAGGAAGUAGCAAUCGAAUUGGAGGGUUUAAGAAAGAUGGAGAUGCAUUCAUGGGUUGAUGUUGAUUCCAACUCAGAAGAAACCAAAUUCUUACUCGGUGAGACAUCAGAUUCUUACAAAUAUAAUGCUAGUAAUUAA